GUCGACCACGUGACCGCGGGUCGAGCUGCAAGCUGACAGCGCAUCGUAGUCCGACCUGAUAACGUAGUUGAUAGGAGUUGCGAUUCGCGCCCGUAUAAAUUGUCGACAGCCAGGUACACCGUGAUCAUCUGGACCAUUCCUGUUCGUAAAUCCUGCGGAUCAUCGGCGGAGCUACGGCGGAGCUACGGCGGAGGGGCGAACACACACCGACGCAAGGACGCUACGACGCUACGACGAACAACAUGGCGGAGCCUGGCAGCGCUAACCCACCCAUCAUAAAGCAUCUGUGCUUUUGGCGGUCCAGGGAUACACUAAAAGUGCCAAUGUCGCUCUUUCGUGACAAUCGCGAGCGACUCGUCUCGCGUCUCCGAGCGAACAGCCAAGUCUCCGCCUCGGGCACUUUCGUCGUUCUUCAGGGUGGCGAGGAUGUCCCUUUCAACGACACGGACAUAAACUGGCCCUUCAGACAGGAGUCAUUCUUCCAAUGGUGCUUCGCUGUGGAGGAACCGGGAUGUUACGGCGCUCUCGAUCUGGCCGCGGGUACCUCGAUCCUCUUUGUACCGAGGUUACCGCCCGAAUAUGCGAUUUGGGAGGGCAAGCUGCAUACUCUGGACGACUUCAAGAAGCGAUACGGCGUGGACGAGGCUCGCUACACCGACGAGAUUGCGCGCGUGCUGAAGGAAAAGCGAGCGCACCUUUUGCUCACAUUGAGUGGCAGAAACAGCGACAGCGGAUUGUUGUCGCGCGAAUUGGUUUUCGACGGCAUCGACGAAUUCAAGGUGAACAAAUCCAUCUUGUACCCGGAAAUAUGUGAGUGUCGAGUGAUAAAGUCACCAGCAGAGAUUGAAGUACUGCGAUACGUAUGUAAGAUAAGCUCGGAUGCGCAUAAGAUUCUAAUGCGUACCAUGCGUCCUGGAAUGGUAGAGUAUCAAGCGGAAUCCGCGUUCUCUCAUUAUGUAUACUCCACGGGAGGAUGCAGACAUGUGUCUUACACAUGCAUCUGCGGAUCUGGACACAAUUCAUCCAUAUUGCACUACGGCCAUGCCGGCGCUCCGAAUAAUAAAGUUAUAGAAGAUGGAGAUAUGUGCUUGUUCGACAUGGGCGGAAACUACUGCGGAUAUGCGGCUGACAUCACAUGCAGUUUCCCGAUCAACGGCAAGUUCACCGAGGAUCAAAAACUGAUCUACAACGCGGUGCUGAAAGCGCGCGACGCGGUGAUUGCGGCCGCGAAGCCGGGAGUCGCUUGGACGGACAUGCAUUUGUUGGCAAACCGAGUGAUGUUGACGUCGUUGAAGGCGGGCGGAUUACUGGUGGGCGAUGUCGAGGAUAUGAUAAAAGCGGGUCUAAACGAGGUCUUUCAGCCGCAUGGACUAGGCCAUCUGUUGGGUUUGGAUGUCCACGACGUCGGUGGAUAUCUACCGAAUCAUCCUGAACGUCCCAAAGAACCGGGACUAAGAAAAUUGAGGACUUCUCGCAUUUUACUCGCUGGAAUGUUUCUCACGGUAGAACCGGGUUGUUAUUUCGUGGAUUGUUUGCUCGACGCUGCUCUGGCCAAUCCUGAUCAAGCAAAGUUCCUCGUGGCAGAACAGUUGCAAAGGUUCCGCGGUUUUGGUGGCGUCAGAAUUGAAGACGACGUUCUUAUAACGGAGACGGGAGUGGAAAACCUGACUGACGUACCGCGCACGGUCGAAGAGAUAGAGGAGGAGAUGCAACGUAAAUAAUUGUGAGUUUGCAAUGGAACACUUCUGAGAAAGUUGACACUUAUGCCUAUUACUAAAUAUAUAUAUAUAUAUAUAUAUAUAUAUAUAUAUAUAUAUAUAUAUAUAUAUAUAUAUAUAUGUGUGUGUGGUGUGUAUAUAUAAUUUUUUUUUUUAUACGUAUCGAAUAUCUACGUAACAUUAUGAUAUUGUGAUAUUAACAUAUUGUGAUAGAAAAAGAUAUAUUCCUACAACUUCUCUUAUAAGAGAGCAUGUAUUUUUCUACCGACUGUCAUUAUUGUACGUAAUUGUAACGAAUAAAACGAAAGUUUGUGAGACGGCA